AUGGAUCAACCUCACACCCACAUUAUUACUUGCGAUAGCUGGGUUGGGUGGGAGAGGUUUCUUUCAUACACUCGCGUGUACAGGAAGACAUACAGGACAGAUACUUUGAAGUUAAAUGCCGUAGAACAGAAUCUGAUUUUCGGCCUGUUUGAGUAUCAGGAAGAUGCUGAAGAAUUUGCAGAACCAAAUCAAGUUGUUUACACGGAAAAAGAUUUAGUUUCUACAAUUGGUUAUGAUUCAGAAAACAAUAAUGAUUCUAAGGAAUCUAGAAAGGCAGGAUACAGAGGCACCACUUUGGAAAUAAAUGGAUUCAAUCAACAUGAAAGACAACACCAGGGAGCUCAGCAGAAUGAAUUAUCCUUCAUGUCUCAAGGUAGGAAUGUAUAUGAUUCACAGAGAAUGUUAGCGAAGAAUAUUGAAGUUGCAACUAAGAAGGUUCAAGAGAUUAAGGAUCAACUUAUUUUAGCCAAAGCAUACUUGAAAAUUGCACCACCAAGCAGCAACUUGCGCUUGAGAGAUUUGGAGAGGUUAACGAGAGAGAUGGAAUUAGCAGUUGGGGAAGUCACCCAGGAUUCAGAUCUGUCAAUGAGGUAA